ACGGAAUGAAUGAUGUCUUCAAGUAGAAUUGAGCUUUUUUUGACAAAAGAAUAUCGUAUUGAUAAUCGGUGAACAAGACAGCAUCGAAGGAGAUGCUGUCACCCAGUGAACGAGAACGUGGACUUAAACAGAAUGAUUGAAAAUGUUUUUUCAGUGAUAUUUCUGAUAUUUCUGAUUACUUAAUGUCGAGCCUACGACCGAGGAAUUUAGCGUUUUCUCUUUUGGAUAUCUAUAUUGGAAUGCUAAACCAAUUAGAGUUUGAAACGAGCCAGAACUGCAGUUUAGUUUUAGAUGAAAAUAUAUUUUAUUUCGAUUUUUGCACACUCAUCCCGUUAAUUAGAAAAAAUUUAUACCAUAGUCUUAAAGCGUUGACACUUUUCUGAGAAAUUAACCUCAAUAAUUGUCGUACGCUAUAGAUUCAUCAUCCGUAUAGUUUUGAGCCGUGAUGCACUUUAUAACACUAGAGCGUUGAGUUUUCUUUUUUCUUGUAAAUCAGCAGCACUUAUUUUUAUUUCAAAGUUUAUUGUGUGAGUAAAUUUUAUCAUGUACGACAUUCUGUAUGUUAUAAAUUACCCGUCAAAUGGAGGUAUAAUGCAGUGUAUUUGUCAAAUAAUUUUUGGAACACGAGAAAAACACAUACAUGUAGUGUAUUCAACUAAGUAUCGGUCAAAUGGUAUUUUUUAUAGUACCUGAAAGUGUAGAAGAAAGUCUAUUAUACUGUACGAAAAUAAAGUCUAUGUUCUGUCUUGUUUUUUUUUAUUUAGAAUUACAUGACAACAAAUUUGAUGCCUAGAUGGAUAAUUCAACCACAAUUAGUAAGAAAACUGUAUUUCUUAUUACUGCCGUUCGAACUUUACUUGGACUAAUUCGUCAAGUUGAGGUGUUGGAGUUCUUCACCUUCAAUUCCUUAAAUAUUUUUCAAGCACAAACUGACUUAGGAGAGAAACUGUAAUAACAAAUCAGUUCCUUUAUUACACUUAAGGUCUUUUUCAGUAGAACUAAUCUCGGUAGAUAGAAGAUUAAUCUAUACUAAACCUUUUCCUCUGAUAGUAUAGUUAUGAUAAGGUUUUGCGAGACAUAUGUUUAUAUGUUGUUGAAGAAGGGGAUAAAAUGGGUCUGCUAGAGCUUUUCAUAUUUUAUCAUCUCAUAUAGAUGUGAUAGAGUUCAGUAUGCUUUACUUUGUAGAGAAAACUUAGGAAUACAACGUCACAGAGUCUGAGUUUCGAUUUUUUUUAAUUUUUUUUGUAAAUUGUAUAACAAUUCAUCUCAAACACACAAAAAAUCUCUUCCAAGUAGCUUGGAGAUUGUUCUUUUAUGUUAAAAUGAAGUUUAAAGUAAAACUCCGUUCCUAUGACGUUUUAGCCUCAAGUUUUCUCCUAUUUCAUCGCUCUGUAGUUUCGAUGUGAGGUGAGAAUUCUAGAAAGCUCUGCAAGUUAUGUAGAUAAUGAUAGAAACCGUGACAUCAAAGUACAUUUAAUAACUUUCAGUAAAAGAUCGUAUGACUUCUGGCACAUUUUUUAUUCGCAGAAGGCAGCAGAGUAUAAGUUAAUUUUGUAGAAUCUAUUUUGGUGAGACUUUUAAAAAAUGUUUGUCUGAAAAGUCUUGGAUAUAAUCAAAACCAGAAUGAAUUCUGCUAGUAGAUACACUAAACUAUUUAACUUUAUUCUUAUCUGAAUAUUGAGUUUAUACAGAGAUUUACAUUUCUGACUGAGGUUGUGUCCACCACAUCCCUUUAAAAAGAGCCUGUAAUACAUCAACAGUUUCACUUUAGUUAUUAUAAUUAUUGACGUCAUUUUUGACGUUGAACGUAUUUUAUCCUUUUCACUUUAAUUGCCAAACAUUAAUAUUUGAUUACGUUUAAAGUUUAUUUUUGUUCUAAAAUUAACUGCAAUAAUUUAUUAAUGAAGUUCAGUUUCAUAGUCGGUAAUGUUUUUCUGUCAAAAAGAACAGAUAAAAUAUAUAUUAUGCUUGACUUGAUAAUGAGAGAUUGUGUGUGAUCAAACGAUAUUUAAUCAUAUUUUUGGCCUCAUUUAAAGUAAAUUAGUUAGUAGCAAGAUAUUAAUGAAUUCAAUCUUAGAUGUAGAUUGUGGCAGACAAAAUUUCUGCUUAAAAACAAAAACGACUCUGAUUAAGAAACUAAAUUAAAAACCAUAUGACUAACUUACAAAUUAGUUUUUUGAAAUUUGAUCACUUUUGUUUUCUAGUUUCCUCUCAUAUAUUUAAAACUUUUUCUUAUUUGAGAUUUUGUUUCCCUCAAAAAUAGAACUAAUACUAGUGCCUAUAUGAUGAUGCAGCGUAUAAACUCAAAUAACAUGAAAAUGUUGGAUUGUUUUCAUCUUUAUCCCAGUCGAGAUUCUUGAUCAGUUAUACAAAAACAUCGGUCAAAGUUAGAAACGUCUUUCGUCUUAUGCUGUCAACUUCUAUAACUUGUGAACUUUAAUAAAACCAGUAUUGAUUUAUAUCUAUUCUUAGUCAUGAUCGAUAUUUUUUAUCUUUUUUUUAUUUUUAGCUUCACUCUACUUAUCCGGCGAUAUAUCAUGGACUUUAGUUUCAACAGCGUUUGUUUGGUUUAUGGUUCCUGGAAUAGGUUUCUUCUACAGUGGAAUGUCUAAACCAAAAAAUGCGCUCACAUUACUGUGGCGAAGGCUAAUGACAGUUGCCGUUGUGUCAUUUGAAUGGUUUUUUUGGGGAUAUAGUUUGUCUUUUAGUAAAACGGGUAGUAAGUUUAUUGGUAAUUUGGAUAAUUUUGCAUUGAUGGGUGUUUUAAAUGGUCCGUGUGUUGGUAGUGGUAAAGUACCUGAUAUUGUCUUUAUGAUAUUUCAAUGUAUGUUCGCUUGUACGUCACCGUGUAUUGCUAUUGGAGCUGUAUGUGGACGUGGACGAAUGUGGCCAGCUCUCAUCUUUAUGUUUGUCUGGUCAACACUCGUUUAUAAUCCGGUUGCCUAUUGGAUAUGGUCACAAAAUGGUUGGGCAUCUGUAUUAGGUGUAUACGAUUUUGCUGGUGGUAUUCCUGUACAUACAAUAUCGGGUACAGCAGCAUUAGUUUAUAGUUUUUUUCUCGGUCCACGAAAUGCAAUAAAUUCCAACCAUAAAUCAGAUAAUAUUGCACAUAUUGUUCUGGGUACAACCUUAUCAUGGUUUGGAUGGUUUGGAUUUAAUGGUGGUUCAACAUUGUCAGCAAAUGCACGUGCCGGCAUGGCCUGCACGGUGACUAAUUUGGCUGCAUCCGUAGCCGGUGUUACAUGGUGUAUGUUAGAUUACUACCUAUUGAAUAAAAAUGAACGAAAAUUUACUACAUUUGGAUUUUGUAUGGGCUCCAUGGCGGGUUUAGUAGUUAUCACACCAGCAUCGGGAUUUGUGGGAGCACCUGCAUCGAUAUUAAUAGGUUCUCUUGCUGCUGUAUGUGUUUAUUUUGGACGAAAAAUGAAAACAUUAUUAAAAAUUGAUGAUCCAUUUGAUAUAUUCGCACAACAUGCUAUUGGCGGAUUGAUGGGAACUUUGUUGACAGGAAUAUUUGCUCAAAAAUCAAUAGCUGCAUUAGAUGGGACUUCAGUGAUUAAUGGAGGAUGGCUAGAUAGAAACUGGCUACAAUUAGCCUAUCAAUUUGCAUUUUGUGUUAGUGGAUUUGGCUGGUCACUUGUUAUAACAUUUCUUAUUUUAUUUGUGAUGAACAAAAUAUUUGUGUUACGAGUAGAUGAACAGAUAGAAUAUGUUGGAAUUGAUGUUGAAGAAUUUGGAGAAUUUACUAAUGACUACGUUGAAUUUGAACGUGAUUUGAGUCUUAGACAUACGAGUUCACCGCCUCAAUUCAUUCAACAACAUCCUCCACCAGUAGUGAACAACGAUUAUUCUCUUAACAAUUGUUCAACCAUGUCUGAAUAUUGUAAUAAUUGUUAUUGUUGUGGUUAUUAUUGUGUGCCACGUUAUAAACGACUUGUAAAUAAUGUAUUUCCACAGAAUCCACAAGCUGGUUUAGAUAAAAAUAAUUUAGAACGUUUAAGAUUUUAUGCUGUUGUUAAACCAGAAAAAUUAGACAAAUCAUUUCGAUAUAUGGCAGAAAAAGUGGCCAGAUAUUUAAGACAUAAUAACAGACAAUAUGUAAUAUUAGGUGUAAAAGCAAUGAAUGAUACAAUGAAGUCAUGUUAUCAACAGUUAAAUUCAUUUGUCGAUCAUUAUUUAGAUGCAUUACGAUUAGUUUUAGAAGAAAAGAAUGAUUUAGAAUUAACUGAACAUGCGGUCUUAUCGUUUGAAUCAUUUUGUGAAAUUCGAGAAGAAGCACCAAAUUAUCAACGAAAUUAUGAAUUUUUUGUCGAUCGAUUUACAGAAUUAUGUCAUAAUAAUGAUGAACAAAACAAAACAAAAUUUCGUUGUUUGGGUUUACGUGGUCAUCAUGCACUUAUUCGAAAGACAGCUAAUGAUGAGCUACAAAAUGAUGUAUGGAGACAUAUGGAUAAAAUUGUACCAUCAAUUAUUUACAAUAUGAAUGUUAAAAACUCAAGACCACAAGAUGAUCUCUCUCAGAGUGUAACACCGGAUCAAGUUGAAUUAGUCGAAAAAAAUGAUCCAUCAAUAUUGGCUGAAAACGUUUUAAGAGAUUUAUUUUGUCGUGCGCAUUUAAAUAAUAUCACGGCAUGUGUACAGCCCAUUCUCACUCAUUUAGAUAAUCAUAUGAAAUGGAUUCCUGUUGAUUUUUCAAAAUAUAUAUUAGCUGAAAUAAUGAGAUCAAUUAAACAUCACAAUGGUUAUCUAGUAAUUGAGUUGCUACUCGUCCAUUUAGAAAAACAUUUGGAACGUCAAGAAACGGCUGAUAUCAAAACGAGUAUUAUGAAUGUUAUUCAAGAUUGUAUGGUGUUUGCAGCUGCUAAUACUGGAGCUGGAUCAACGAUGUUCACGGGCAUUGCACGUUUAUUAAAAUUUUUGAAAAAAUCAUUUCAAAUUGAAUGUGAACGAACGCCACCCUCUAGUACUGAAGAACAAAAAUUUCAAACAGCCGUUAUCAAUGGUAUUGGUAAUUUUGCUCAAAAUCUACCAGAUUUUCAAAUGAUGGAAAUAAUGCAAUUCAUAAUAACGUCAUUGCCAACUCUAAAUCAAGAACGACAUGAAACACCAGAUUCAAGAAAUGCAAAUCUCAAAUUACAAUUGUUGUUGCUGAAGACUGUUCAAAAGGUUGCCGCGACAUACCAAUUGACUCAUCGUCGUGAAACAUCAACUCAGACCACUUUUCCACAUCAAUUAUUUGAUCCUCUUUUAAAAAUGAUGAGUUCACCUGAACCUGAAGUGAGAUUAAUUGUUAUUGAAAUAUUACAAUCACUCGUUGAUAGAAGAAGAUAUUCAGACAAAUUACAAAAAAUAAAACUUCCAAAAGAUAUCUCACAGUUAGAAUUACCAACAGAAACAAAAUCAAAUCGUCUAUUUGAUAUUGCAUUUAUGAAAAAGUUUGGGCGUCAAUUUUUAUCCCAAUUAUAUAAUUGUAUAUUACAUGAGAAUAAUAGUGUCGAUAUAUUUCAUGCCAUUUAUUGUCUAAUGAAUUUGGUUACAUUAGAAGCGGGUGACAAGGAUUCUACAAUAAUAAAAAUGUCUGAACCAUCGUCUCCCACUAGUCAAGAAACAAAAUUACCAAUAUUAAAUCAAAAUUGUAUCCAUGCCCUUAUAGCAGCUUAUUUUAAUCUAAUGUCAAAAUUAAACGGCAUUACACAAUUUUAUCAUCAUGUAGAUGAAAAUUUAUAUGUAUUUUUAGGUUGUUCGUGCUCGUGA